GGUAAAAAAUUUUGUUUUUAAAAAACAAUAAAAUAAAAAAAGGUAAUAUUAUUAUUUUUUUUAUCAUUAAAGUUAAUAUUAACAUACAUUAAGAUUGCUAAGGACAGGCGAAGCGAAAUGAACAUACAUGUGACAAUGCAUAUGACAAUCAUUGUGAUAAUUGUAAAAAAUAGUUACUUUAAAUGCUGAUGGAAACCAACACUUUUUAUGAUGCAAUGUAACGGCAAUUAUCUUGAGUAAACUAAAACAAAAAAAACUUUUAUGAUUCUAUUCGAAAACUCAAUACGCCUCAUUGGAAAAAAAACUUAUUAUUUAUUAUGACCAAGAUGCCGCACGGGAACGAGAAAAAAUACCUUCAAUUCCUUGAGUUAUAUAAAAAAGCAUAUUCAACACUUGAAAAACAAAAGCAGUAUCAGCAAGCACAAGAGUUGUGCAAAAUAGUAAAAAACAAUGAAUCCUUGUAUGAAAAAAAAAUAAAUGAGUUAAAAGAGAAAGUAACAAAGUCGAAAGUAUCACUUAUGUCAUUCUGGGGAAAUACCAUUUCACCACCUAGCAAAAAGAAAAAAGAUAUCCAUCCAGCGCCGUCUUCGUCAAAUGAAACACGAAGUUUCCUAAAUGCAACUACGACAGAGCCUGCAAGGAUUGAAAUUAAUUUAACAGACAACAAAAAAGAAAGAGAAAAUCCGGCACAAGUUAGGAGUCGAAAGAAAAUCUCAGAUCUUGAAUCACAACGUGCAUCCUUGAUAGUCGUACGUGAUUCUGGUUUAUCUACCGUAACAAAGGAACAAAUAAACACUGUGAAAGAAACCAUAAGAAAAGAAAAAACAAAAUUGGACAGAUUGAUUCGUGAAUCAGCUCGUCAAAGAAAACGAAGACAAAAACUUAAAGAGAGCAUCGAAACUGUGUGUCAGAACAUCCCUGAAGCAUCAAGUGCUUUGAAACAGUUUAGUCGAAACCAUACUGGACGACCGCGUCUCGAAGUUGACCAACCAGAGCUUUUAUCAACAAUUAUAAAAAUUGUGCAAAAUUUAUCAGCAGCUGACGAAUGUCGAAGAACAGAAUGUCUCCGUAGCGUCUCCACUUUAGAUGACCUUCAGGAAGAGUUGACAAAGAUAGGCUUUACCUUGAGUAGGAGUGGUUUGUACCUUCGUCUUUUACCACGACGUGGAAACACUUCUGAAGGAAAAAAACAUGUCAGCACAGUUCCAGUAAAGCUGUUACGUCCAGAAAACUCAAUGCGAAAAAAAAAUGACGAUAGAAUGUUUGCCAAAUCAUUCAUUGACGACAUGUUCGAAGUUUGCAAAUUGUUUGGACCAAAAGCUGUGCUUUUCAUUUCCAACGAUGAUAAAGCCAGGGUCCCAUUGGGUAUUGCUGCAGCAAGCCUUCAAGCGCCGUUGCUGAUGCAUAUGGAAUACAAGGUCAAACUCAUGGAUCACGAUUUUGUCGUUAGCUCACAGCACAAAUUGAUCAGUGUAUGGCGUAUGCGAAGUUAAC